AGAAAAAAAAACUUUAGGGAAUUUGAGAAUUAGUUUGAUUAUUAUUAUUAUUAUUCUCAUUAUUUCCAUUUUCCUCUGUGUUUUUUUGAGCUAUUUGAUUUGUUUCUUUAGGCUAAAAAAAGAAAAAUUCUAAAGAUGGGUGUUCAAGAAAAAGAUCCUUUGUUGCAAUUGAGUUUGCCACCAGGGUUUCGAUUUUAUCCAACUGAUGAGGAGCUUUUAGUUCAAUAUUUGUGCAAGAAAGUUGCAGGCCAUGAUUUCUCUUUACAAAUCAUUGGAGAAAUUGAUUUGUACAAAUUCGACCCUUGGGAUCUACCUAGUAAGGCAAUAUUUGGAGAAAAAGAAUGGUAUUUUUUUAGUCCAAGAGAUAGAAAGUACCCGAAUGGAUCUCGACCGAAUAGAGUUGCCGGUUCGGGUUAUUGGAAAGCAACGGGUACUGAUAAGGUCAUAACAUCACAAGGAAGAAAAGUUGGAAUUAAGAAGGCUCUUGUGUUUUAUAUUGGUAAAGCACCUAAAGGAACCAAGACCAAUUGGAUUAUGCAUGAAUAUAGACUUUUUGAACCUUCAAGGAAAAAUGGGAGUUCAAAGCUAGAUGAAUGGGUUCUCUGUCGAAUUUAUAAGAAGAAUUCAAGUGGACCAAAGCCCCUUAUGUCUGGUUUACACAGCAGCAAUGAAUACAGCCAUGCUGAUUCGACUUCUUCAUCAUCCCAGUUCGAUGAUAUGCUCGAAUCAUUACCAGAAAUGGACGAUCGAUUUACCAACUUGCCGAGAUUGAACUCACUUAAGACGGAAAAAUUCAACCUCGAACGCCUGGAUUCAGCCAAUUUUGAUUGGGCCAUUCUCGCGGGGCUCAAACCGAUGCCCGAAUCGGGCCCCACAAAUCAAGCUCCAGGCGUUCAGGCUCAAGCUCAGGCUCAGGCUCAGGCUCAAGGUCACGUCAACACCCACAACCACAACAAUAACAACAUGAAUUUUAUGAACGAUGUUUAUGCUCAUCCUACGAAUUUCCGAGGUAACACAAAAGUUGAAAGUAUUAACCUAGAUGAAGAAGUUGAAAGCGGGAUCAGGAAUCAACGGGUUGAUAGACCAGGUUACUUCCAACCGAGCCUAAAUGGAUUUUCUCAAACCUAUACGAAUAACUAUGUUGACCAAUUCGGAAUCCAGUGUCCGAACCCGACAUUGAAUCUGGGAUUCAGACAGUAGACUUUAUAUACACAAAAUUUGGAUUUGGAUCUCAUUGUCCUGUCUACCGAGUCGUGAUGCUGGAUUCGAAGAACAGGAAUUUUUUGGUGGACAAUUACAAAAGCAAAAUUAAACUGUCUUCGGAUGCAAGUUGUGCCUGAAGCCAUUACGCUAAAGGCACAUCUGCCUGGGCGUCAUGUCAUGCAUCAUACGCAGGCAAUAUAUGCAGGGGAGUGUAUAUUCUUCUAGGAAUUGGGCUUAUAAAGUUUGUACAUUUCCAGAUUUAGCUGUGUUCUGUAGUUCUUGCAUUUCUGUAGAAAGGUAGAAUAUAGAAGUUACUUUUAUGCUCUGUUUUGUACAAUCCUCAUGUUUCAACCUAAGAUACUACUACAUACUUAAUAGAUGGAAAAAGCAAUACAAUAAAGACUUCAUGCCA